UUGAAAGAUGUUUUCUUUGUGGUACCUUGCGUAUAUUGUUAAAGGGUGAGUAUUAGUAUUUUAUUCACACAUUCCACUCUAAAGAAUAAAAGAGAGAGAAAGAUUUAAAAUCUGAAAAGGGAUUGCGCGCUAAAAACGGAAUGGCUGUCGUGCACGUGCGUUGCACUUAUUUUUAGCACUUAUUUAUUCCACCGAUGGCAAACGUUGAAUGAAACUUUCAUAGCAGUUAAUAGAAAAAAGUCGAGAAUAAUAUUUUAUGAAUCCAUAAAUGUUACAGUGUAAUUAAUUGAGGGAAUGGAGAAUAGGUCAAUUGCCGUAGUACUAAGCGCUGUGAUCGCUGGUAUAGCGGUCAUUUAUUUUCACUGGUCAAAGAGAAUUGGAUCAAAGAUGGUUGACCAAGCAGUUCUCGAUAAAUUGGAAGCCGGCUUUCGAAAACUUCAAGAGGCAAAGACAUGUAAAUCUUUGCUUAAAAAACAUCUUACGAAGGAAGUCUUUGAUAAAUUGAAAACCAAGCAAACUGCUAUGGGAGCUACUCUUUUGGAUGUUAUUCAGUCUGGUGUUGAAAAUCUUGACAGUGGAGUAGGCGUUUAUGCCCCAGAUGCAGAAUCCUAUACACUUUUUGGCGAUCUUUUCAAUCCCAUUAUUGAAGAAUAUCACAUGGGCUUUGGAUCAUCUGAUAAACAUCCGGCUAAAGAUUUUGGCGAUGUAAAUACUUUAGUAAAUGUGGAUCCUAAAGGGGAAUUUGUUAUAUCAACCAGAGUGAGAUGUGGUCGAAGCUUAGAAGGUUAUCCAUUUAAUCCAUGCUUAACUGAACCGCAAUACAAAGAAAUGGAACAGAAAGUCAGCAGUAUACUGUCUGACAUGUCUGGAGAACUGAAAGGCACAUAUUAUCCACUAACUGGCAUGGACAAGGCUACUCAGCAGAAACUUAUUGAUGAUCACUUUCUUUUUAAAGAGGGAGAUCGCUUCCUGCAAGCUGCUAAUGCUUGUAGAUUUUGGCCAUCAGGAAGAGGCAUUUAUCACAAUGACAAUAAAACUUUUUUGGUUUGGUCAAAUGAGGAAGAUCAUUUGAGAAUAAUCUCUAUGCAAAAAGGAGGCGAUUUGAAGCAAAUAUAUAAAAGACUAGUAGAUGCCGUAAAUAUUAUUGAAAGUCGACUUCCAUUUUCUCAUGAUGAUAGAUUGGGAUUUUUGACUUUCUGUCCUACUAAUUUGGGAACUACUAUUCGAGCAUCUGUUCACAUUAAACUGCCUAAAUUAGCUAAAAACAAACAACAACUAGAAGCUGUUGCAGCUAAGUUUAAUCUGCAAGUUAGAGGUACUAGAGGCGAGCAUACUGAGAGUGAAGGAGGAGUUUAUGAUAUCUCCAACAAGCGGCGUAUGGGCCUAACGGAGUACCAGGCUGUUAAAGAAAUGCAAGAUGGCAUUUUGGAACUUAUUAAAAUGGAGAAAUCUGCUUAAAUUCUUUAUAAAAAAUUAUGUAAUCUGUUAAAGCUUUAAGUUCUAGCAUAAGUGCUGUAGACACCAACUCAAUUGAUCAUUCCUUUCUAUAGACUAAUAUAAAAUAGCAGAGUCUUUACAUGGUUAGAUUAAAGCAGGUUAUUUUUAUGUAUGAAUUCUUUUUGUCUGAAAUAAAACAAUAUUACUUUUAGUUACUAAUGAUUGGUACUUUUCUUAACAUUUAUUGCACACAUUAUUUUUGAUGUUGAUCCUAGGCAGCAGAAGUUCUUUAAACUUUACAUGGAUGUGAUUUCUUAUUCUAUUAAUGAAUUGGUUUAAUUAGAACUAGUUUUUCUAAAUAAAGAGUUCGAUCAAUUUAUAGUAAGAGUUAUUAGUUUGACACUGAUAUUUAAUUCUCAACCCAUUUCAAUCUAAUUAAAAUGAUAAGCAUUAUUUAAUGCUGUUUUGUCUAAUUAAAAUUAUAUGUUUGAAUUAACACCUACAGCCUAUGUAAUAUAUUUUAAUUCAUAUUGUCUCAUAAAUCUGAUUUUGAGAUGUAGACUCGUGAUUAAUUAAAGUAUAUUUCAUUUGUAAAAUUUUUUAUAUGUCUUCAUAUUAAAACAAAAAUUGUGUUUAAAAAAUUUGUAAGACUUCUAACCCUGACAUCAUGCUGUUUAUGUGCAUUAAUAACUUUGGAUUGGAACUAAGAUUCAUGGUGUAACAUUGAAAUUACAUUGAUUUCACAAAAAUGUUUCAUUUCUCAGAUUACUAUUUCAUUUGAUUGAUCAGAAUUUUUCCCCCCCCAGAGAAAAAGCUUGUGUGCUAAAUAUGUGAUGCUUAAUGGCUUUCUUCAUUCACAAUAAAAUCUGGUUACAUUUUUUCCCCCAUUCCAGUAAAUGCUAAAAGAAACAUGUGCUAUGAGAAUGUAAUAAAAAAUUACAAAAUUAAA